AUGGCCUCUCACGUGCCCUUCCUCGCCGUGCGCCCGGACGAACAAUUCAGCGACGACGUCGUCAAGACCCGCGACUUCGCCUCCUCCUCCUCCUCCCUCCUCGACCGCAUCAACGCCGACGCGAACGCGAUGGACGCGCCAGCCCUACCUCGCCUGCCGCCUGCCACUCGACUACCAUCAUGGGUCAGAUUCCCCAUGGUCGUCGUCAUCAGCUUGACCUUGAGCGCGUUUCUGAAUACUCUCAUUGCCGACUUCACAGGCUAUGAGCUCGCGGCUGUGAGUCGUGAGGUCACGGAGCAAGGACAGAUUGCCGCGUUGAUGGGGUGGAAGCUGGUAGAGUUGGGCACGGCUUGGGCGGCGGGAUAUGAUUGGCGAGAUCUCUCCGCACUGGCCAUCUUGAGUAAUCUCCCCUUCUACUUCCUCUUAACAACCUUCUACGGCAUCGACUACUCCGCCGCCAUCAUCUCCCUCACUAUCGACGUCGCCACCAUCGGGAUCCCAUUUGCCCUCCUCCGCCCCUUGAUCCGCGCCCAUGCGCCUGGCUCUGCUCCCAACCAGCAAGUCGCUCAGGACCGCUCGGUAGGCGUCGCUGUCGGUCUCCUAGGAGCCAGUAUAUACGCCGUCGUCAUCUACGGUAGUCUCUACACCUGGCUUCCAGUCUACUUGAUCAUCAACUUCGACGGUUUGAGGAGUCUGGAUGGAGCGCAUAAUGCUAGCGUGCCUAUGCUGAUCGGAUCUUUCCUGCCGCUGGGCUGGGCGACGGUGCAAUUUCUUUUCACUCCCGUCAUUGGCUCGAAGGGGAACCCGGGUCUGACGGAUCCGGAGAUUUAUCCGGAAAAGGCGCCUUUCAACCCUGAGACGGCCACUUUGAUCGAUACGCUGGCUUUCAAUCUGGGGUAUUCGGACGGGUUUUCCAAGCGCGCCGAGGUGUUGGUGAAGAGGACGGCGGUGCUGGUUGCUUGUAGCGCGGCGAAUACCUUUACGAGGGUGUUGCUUACGGUUGACGGCAGUGAGCCGGUGGGUGCGGCGGGGUGGGCGAGCGUGUGGGCUGUGGCGGCGUUGUUGACGAGUGUCGCUUAUGGCUAUGUGGCGAAUGAAUAG